AGAUGAAGCCCCGCGUGGCGUGGGUCUGAUAUUCCAGAUGAGUGUGACGCAGGGUUUCUCAUUAAGCUAAUGGGUUGAUCUGAGAUCUGAUACACUUGUGCAGAACAUCAGAUCACUUACACAUCACAUCUGACGCGUACCGCGUGACUCGCUGCUUUCUCCCGGAGCGAGUGGAAAUAAACACGACGCGUUAUGACGAAGGCACCGUGGACGCGGCGCGGCAGACGCGCUUGUUUUUAGACAUGAUGAAGAAAAGCACCCGAGCCGCAGGUGAGACAUCUGAUGCUGACAGUCCGAUAACACAUUCAUCCCCAUCAGUGCUGUACCUGUGAGGAAGGUGAUGCUGAAGGAUCCGUGGACUGUUAUGAAGAUGACGUUGAUGGUCUGUGGACCGUGAUGAUGGUGUUUAUGAUUUGUGGACUGCUUUGAAAAGGAUGAUCCGUGGACUGUGAUGAAGAUGAUGUCUAUCAUCCGUGGACUGUGAUGAAGAUGAUGUCUAUCAUCCGUGGACUGUGAUGAAGAUGAUGUCUAUCAUCCGUGGACUGUGAUGAAAAUGAUGUUGGUGGUGACUGGAGCGGUUCUGGUUCUGGCCAUCGUGUUUAUGUCCGACAUGAACGCGUUUCUGGACCGAUUUCACAACUUCAUCCUGCCGCGCAUGCGCGGACCUGAGCGCGUGUGUCACUGCUCGUGCGGCAGGCAUCAUGUGGAGUACGUGAUCCCGUACGAGGGAUCCGUCUCGGGCGACACCGUCUCUUCCUCCACGAGUACCAGCGCGAGCAAACAGGAGCUGGAUCUGGUUCUGGGUCUUCUGAUGGGUUUCUGUGUCAGCUGGCUGUUGCUGUGGCUGGACCGAGCGUUUCAUUACACCCUGAGGUUCUGGAGGUCCAACAGACAUGACGGUGCGGAGGGUGAGCUGUGGCGCUCGUGGCGAUGGGUGUCCCGUGUGUGUAACCUGCGAGAGCUGCGCAGACGUCUGCAAACCCGCAGGACAGAAGAUUCUGGAAAUAACGUUGCGCACGUCAAACAGAAGCUCUAUCACAACGGCCACCCGAGCCCUCGCAGACUCUGACACAAACACACCACCGCAUGUCAACGCUACACAACAGCCCAUCCACUGGAUUUCUACUGCGUGUAGUGUGAGACGGGACGUUACUUACUGGACUCUCUCAGAGGACUCUGUGUUCCUGCUUGCUGUGUGUUUUUCACAGGUUUUGUGUGUUUGUUUUGUAGGGGUAGGGCACUUCAUUAGUGAAGUGAAGUGACCUAUUAGUCAGAUAUGGUGACCCAUACCGAAAUGUGACCUCUGCUUUUAACCCAUCCAGAGAGUAGUGAACACACGCACAGCAAGUGGUGAACACACGUACACCCGGAGCAGUGGGCAGCUAUCACUGCAGCGCCCGGGGAGCAAGUAGGGGUAAGGUGCCUUGCUCAAGGGCACCUCAGUCGUUACCCCGCCGGCCCUGAGAAUCCAACCGGCAACCUUCUGGUCACGAGUCCCACUCUCUAACCAUUAAUUAACUAACCUAAUCGGGGUGGGUUUGCAUUUUAUAUUUAUAUUUGUGUACUGGGAAACAGUGUCUGUUUUAGAAACACGGCAUGCUGGGUAAUCUUUAGUAGUUACAGCCGAUUUGAGGCCAGGGGAAGUAUCUGAAUGUUUAGUUACGCAUGAGAGCGCGUGAUGUUUGUAAUCUGUGUUGUUACACAUUAAAGUGACUCGUGUGAUUAAUCUCAAACCAGCUUCAGUUUUCACAGCACA